AUGUCGGAAGAGACCCACGAUGCCGCUAUUCGCGGCCCUGUAGCGAUCCGCGCUGCGAUCCUCGUCUCCGGUGUCGUCGGUUGGAUGCUAACCGUCACCUUCUGCUUCUGCAUGUCAGACUACGAUGCGAUUAUGGCCACGCCGACCGGUCUGCCAGUGGCCCAGAUCUUCUUCAACGCCGGCGGCAAAACAGGUGGAACCAUCAUGUGGUUCUUCGUCAUGUUGGUCCAGUUCUUCACCGGCUGCUCCGCCAUGUUGGCGAAUGCUAGAAUGGCUUGGGCCUUUUCCCGCGACGCAGCCUUCCCAUUCUCGGGUUUCUGGAGCAAGAUCAAUUCCUACACGCACACUCCGGUCAAUGCGGUAUGGCUCGUUGUGCUGUUCUGCAGCUGCCUCGACCUAAUCGGCAUCGGAAGCACUCUUACCAUUACGGCUAUCUUCAACAUCACCGCCCCGGCCUUGGACAUCAGUUACAUCGCAGUCAUCAUUGCACACCGAUGGUACGAGAAUACUGUCACUUUCCACCCUGGACCAUACACAAUGGGCAGAUGGAGCAAGCCGGUCAAUGCGAUUGCAGUGACAUGGGUCAUCUUCAUCAGUGUUGUGUUGUUCUUCCCGACUGUCAAGCCAGUCAGGGCCGACAACAUGAACUACGCUAUCUGUGUGGCAGCCUUCAUUGGCCUGUUUAGCACGGUUUGGUGGUAUGCGGGUGCAAGGAAGAAGUACACCGGCCCGCGCACAAGCGACACCAUCGACAUGCUUCCACCGGAGGAUCCAGAGGACAUCCUCAGCGACUACGAAAACAACGUCUAG